GAAUUUAAACAAAGGGUGUGAUUAUUUGCUUCAAUAAUUAAAAACGAAAUCAAUUCGCUUUAAAUUCCCCGAAUAUGUAAAUUAAAUAAAAAUUUAAAUAUUGUGUACAAUUUCCAAGCUUAAAUAAUCUAACAAAAAUUUAUAAAUAUAAACAAAACAUAAGUUGGCUGUCAAUCCACAGUAUUUUAAACAUCGCGCAUCCCCGUUCCCGUUUUCUAAAAACUAUUAAAAUAAUCUAAUCACUAUUUCACUAGAUGCCAAUUUCACACACAGACAAAUACAUUAUUAUAAUAUGUACAAUCAAACAUACAUCUUGCCUUACUCAAUCUAGAUGAUACUUUAAGAACUAAUUAACAAGAAUAGAAGCUAGAAGGCAGAACUAUAUUGAAGUAAUAAGAAGCCAAAUUAUGUGUAUCGAUUGAUUUUAUUUGAAGAGUAUCAAAUUAAUAAAAAUCAAAAAGAAAAAAAAAAUUAUCAAAGAAAAUGGAUAUUGAAAAGUCUGAAUUUGAGGAUGAUGAUACAAAUUGCUACCAAAUAAGUGAUGAGGGUGAAGAAGAUUAUGAAAAAAAUGAGGAAUCAAAUAACAAUUCAGACGCGGCUUCUCAGUUUAGUAGAGGGCCAUAUGAACGAGCAUGGACGACAGAAGCAACGAGGGCUUUAAUUCAUAUACGUGGACCAAUGGAGGAGGAAUUUUCUGAAGGACGAGCUAAACGUACUUUACUUUGGAUACAAGUAACAAAACAAUUACAUAAAAUGGGAUUUCGGUAUAGUGCUGCAAAGGUUCAAAAGAAAUGGCAUAAUAUUUUGAUAACAUAUAACAAAAAUAUUGCCAAAAAAGAAGAAACAGGUACUGUUGCUUGGGAAUUCUUCGAAGAUAUGUAUUUAUAUUUGAAAGGUAAAAAAGCGAAAACCUUCGAAUAUUUUCCGGAAAAACCAAUUAAACAAAAAGUACAACAACAAUCGAAUUUAGAUCAUCAAACAGAAUUACAACAACAAAUGCAACAACAACAUCAAAUCAUUCAAAGACAAAGGUCUCAAGCUAGACAACGAUUAGAGCAAUCAAAGCACCCUCAAUAUCGUGAAAAGACUGAUUCAAUUAGAAGUGCAACGCCUAGAACGUCACAAUAUUAUAAUGAUUCUUCAAAUACAAAUGAGGAAGUACAAAUGAUGGAUGAAGAAGAUAGUUCCACAAAACGUCCAAAUGAAGAUGACAAUUAUGAACAACCAAAGCCAAAGCAACAAAAAAAAAUUAAUAGUUUCGCUGAUUACUUUUAUGAACAGCCAUUAGAUCGGCUACCAUUAGAAAUUUCACAUGUUGAAGGCGCAACUGAAGAACCCAAGUUUGAGAAUUUGGAUGAAGAUCCAUUUUCUGACACUGACUGGUGGAGAGAUUAUUUUAAUAAAAAAUUAGACACUGAAAAAGAAAAAAUUAGUUUACAAAAACAAAUGCAUCGUGAUGUUAUGAAUUAUAACAAAAUGUGUUUAAUGCAACAAGAAAAAAUUGAAAGAAUCAAAAUUGAAGCUAUAAAUAAUUUAACAGCCACAUUACAAAAAUUGGUUGAAGUUAAAACUCAUAAAAAAAUUUAAUGAAAUUUCCAUUUAAUUAUCAUUUCAAAAGAUGUUAAAUAUACUUAAAUUGAUUUCACUACAUAGUUGUAAAAUGAAAUAAUUCUUGAUACCUAUAAAAAAAAUACUUAUAAUGCCAUAUAAUAAAUACAUAGGAACAUAAAUCUCAGAAAAUAUGUAAAUUAUCAGUAUUAAGACAUAGGCAAAAAGACAUGAUUCUUAAGUCUAAUAGGUUAGACCUUAAAUUAAUUUUAAUAUAUAUAAGUAUAUAAUAAUAUUUACUUUCUGGUAA